AUGCGACUCUCGACCUGUACCAACGACGAUACCCUAGGCCCCAGUGUAUCGGGCUGCCGAGGCGACUUUGACUUCACCGUCAGAUUUGAGCAGCUUUUUUUCUCUAUUAUCCCUUCAGCACUCCUCGUCGCAGCCGUGGUCUGGAGAGCGGCAUGGUCAGCUCGGAAGCCUAUCAUUGUCCACGCUCCGACAUUCCUGUCUAUAAAACUUGGAGCUAUCGCACUGUAUGCGUUGCUCAAGUUUGUGCUUCUCAUCCUGGUUGCAACCGGCCCCUUCGUGAGAACACAUGUCUCCAUCGCCUCCAAUGGUUUGCAAUUGGUGGCGGCAAUGUGCAUGUUCACUAUCUCGUUGCUCGACCAUGGCCGGUCAGCCAGACCCUCAGUACUGCUGAGCACAUACCUUUUUUUCACGCUACUUCCUGAUAUCGCUCAAACCCGUACGUUCUGGCUUGUUGCAGAGAUCGAGCAUGAUACGGCGCAUGCUGGUGUCUUCACUGUCUCAGUGUUGUUGAAAGUCUUCAUCCUUUUCCUCGAAGCUCAGCAGAAAACUAAGUGGGUGGACUGGGGUACUGAAGAGCCACACAGUCCGGAAGAGACCAGUGGUAUUUACAGUAUUGGACUCUUUUCUUGGCUAAACAGCCUUUUUUUCAGUGGUUACCGAAAGGUCCUACGCAUGGAGGAUCUAUAUCCCUUGGACCGUGCCGUUACGGGUGCUAAUCUCUACAGACGAUUUCAAAUGCGCGCAGACUACGCCAAAAUGAAGGGUACUACCUAUGGCCUGGCUAAAGCGGUGGCUCGAACACUGCUAGUUCCAAUGCUGCUACCAAUUCCGCCCAGAGUUGCCUUGAUCUUCUUCAAGUUCUGCCAACCAUUUCUGAUCAACUCCAUCCUUGAUGUCAUGUCUGGGCCGUCGACCGAGGAGUCUGUCAAUUAUGGAUACGGUUUCAUCGGAGCCACUGCACUCAUAUACUCUGGGCUUGCCGUUUCUACAGCUCUUUACUGGUAUUUUCAUAUCCGAGCUUUUCAAAUGGCUCGUGGUAUUCUUAUUGCCGCCAUCUACGCCAAAACUACAGAAGCACAGAUCGGCAUAGGAGAUUCGAGCGCACCUGUGACUUUGAUGAGUGUCGAUAUCGAACGUAUCAGCUUCGGUUUCGAAUCCCUUCAUGAGAUAUGGGCUGCCAGCAUAGAGGUCGGUCUAGCUAGCUAUCUACUCUACAAUGAGCUUGGGAUUGCGUUCAUCGCGCCCAUCGUGACUCUGAUCAUCUGCUUCUUGAUCAUGUCUGUACUGGUCAAAUAUACGGGUCAAGCACAAAAGGGUUGGAUGACUCGGGUCCAGAAGCGUGUCGGCCUUACUGCUACUGUCAUCGCAAAUAUGAAGAACAUAAAAAUUGCUGGAUUGGUGGGGCCUAUCUUCCAUUCCGUCCAAAAUGCUCGGAUUGACGAGUUAAGAGGGAGCAGUCGCGUCCGGAAACUGGCUUUGAUCGGCAUCAUCGUUUCUUGGGCACCCUUUCUCAUUUCUCCCGUCGUCACCUUCGCUGUUACCGAGCGGUCCCUGGACACCGCAAGAUUGUUUACCGCGUUAUCAUACCUCGUCCUGCUGGCAACUCCUCUCACUGUGGUCCUCAAGGUCGGUCCUAAAUUGGCAUCGGGAUUCGCGUGUUUGAGUCGUAUGCAAGCUCAUCUGGAGCGCAACAGCCGAGGCGACUUCCGGGUGGUCUCGCUUAACACCACAGAGUCCACGGAGAAGGGGUCAAGCAUAGUCCCACCUUUGGACAACGAUGAACAGACUCGUCCACGGUCUGCCAUUGUCGUUACUGAUGGGACUUUUGGAUGGGAAGAGGGGAAAGCGGCACUCGUGGGCAUAAACAUCCGCAUUCCCAAAUCAUCUUUGACAAUGGUCGUCGGGCCGAUCGGGUCUGGGAAAUCUACUCUGUGCAUGGCGCUCUUGGGAGAAAUCCCUUACCAUCAAGGCAAAGUCAUUUGGAGCAACGGAAUCGGUCGAGUGGCUUAUUGCGAUCAAUCGCCUUUCUUGUCGAAUUGCUCGAUUCGGGACAACAUCGUCGGCUUUUCGCCAUUCGAUGAGGAAAGAUAUGCCAGUGUUAUCAGCGCAACAAUGCUUGAGACUGACUUGGAGAUAUUGCCCCGAGGCGAUAGCACCAAGGUUGGCAGCAACGGGAUCAUUCUUUCUGGAGGCCAACGACAACGCAUUUCGUUGGCUCGGGCUUUAUACCUGCAAACGGACAUGCUCAUCUUCGACGACGUGCUUGGUGGUCUCGAUGCUGACACCGAAGAGCAAGUCUUUAGACGUGUCUUUGGCGCCAAAGGUAUUAUCCGAAGUCGUCAAGCCACUGCAGUGCUCUGUACACACGCUGUCCGACACUUACCAUCCGCCAAUAAGAUCAUUGCUCUUGACACCAAAGGCGCUGUCCUCGAGCAAGGCACUUUUGAGGAACUGGUUGCGAAUGGAAAGUACGUCCACAGCCUUGGUGUAAAGGCCACGGAGAGCGACACCAUUAGUGAGACAGCCGAGGCUGAAGAAACAUCCGAGCAACCCAGACUUGCGGCUUCGCGGAAAGUAGUCACACUAUCUACGAACAACUCUGACGUACCAAACACAGCACGACAACAAGGAGAUCGAAGGGUUUACAAACACUACUUCAAGAGCAUCGGUCAUCUCGUCGCCGUUACUCAGUUGGGGCUAACCGCUGUCUUCGGCUUUUUAUACAAUUUUCCCACUAUCUGGCUCAAGUUCUGGAGCGACUCCGCCUCCGCAGAGCACCCAUCGCACUCCUCGGGAUACUACGUUGGCAUAUACGGCUUGCUCAAUAUCUGUUGUCUACUCUCUAUGGUUUCAGUUGCAUAUCUUGUGUGGGUGCUUGCUGUCAGAAGGGCUGGAGCCAAUCUGCAUCGCGAAGUGUUGCGCACGCUGAUCCGUGCUCCUCUACGAUUUUUGACCACUACUGAUCAAGGAGUGAUCACGAACUUGUUCUCACAGGAUCUCAACCUAGUUGAUACCGAGCUGCCCAACAACUUACUCAAUACGUUAUAUAACCUCACCAUCGCUGUAGGGCAAGCGGCAGUUAUGAUUACUGCGACGCCCUACAUUGCCGCAAGCUACCCCUUCAUCAUAGCUCUGAUGUGGUCGAUUCAGAAGGUCUACCUUCGGACCUCCCGACAGAUGAGGAUGCUGGAUCUCGAGGCAAAGAGCCCUUUAUACACCCACUUUCUCGACACAACUAAAGGGAUUGUAACGCUCCGUGCAUUUGGUUUCAUUUCCAACGACUGCGCCAAGAAUAUGGAACUGCUUGACGAGUCGCAGCGUCCAGCUUAUCUGCUCUUCAUGCUACAGCAAUGGCUUACACUAGUGCUCAAUUUCGUCGUCAUGGCACUAGCGGUCCUGCUCGUCAGCCUCGCCGUGAAUCUGCGGUCCAACUCAGGCUUCACCGGUGCAUCAUUGGUCACGCUGAUGAGCUUCGGAGAUUAUCUCUCCAGCAUCGUGAUGCAGUGGACGAAGCUCGAAACUUCGAUUGGUGCCAUCGCGAGGUUGCAAACCUUCAAUAACGCGGUCAGUCCGGAAGACAAGAGUGAAGAGACCCUCAUUCCAGGCGAGGAGUGGCCAAUGAAUGGGCAAAUCGACGUGCGAGAAGUCUCAGCCAGUUAUGAUGACCCUAAGGAAUGUGGAAAAGUGUCCAACCUCGUGAUCAACAAAGUCAGUCUCUCCAUCGCACCCGGGGAGAAAGUUGCGAUUUGCGGACGUACUGGCAGUGGAAAGUCCAGUAUGUUCGCUCUACUGCUCAAGCUUCUCGACCCUUGUGAAGACACCCUUGGACGGGUGCAUAUAGACGGCACGCCACUUCAUCUCAUUGACCGGACAACGUUGCGCCUCCGCCUGAUAGCAAUCCCUCAGGAAGCCGUGUUUCUGCCGGACGGCGCCAGCUUCAAGCAGAACCUGGAUCCCUUCGACAUGGCGGACGCCGAUGAAUGCUGCGCCGUCCUGAGAAUUGUCGGUCUAUGGUCGCUGAUCGAAAGUCGGGGCGGCCUGGACGCGGCGAUGACGUCUUGCACCUUCUCCCAGGGCCAACGCCAACUGUUCUCAUUCGCGCACGCGGUCCUGCGGCGGAGAAUGCGCUCUCGGCGCCUCGGCGCUGGCGGCGUAGGCUCUCAAGGCGGCAUCCUUUUGCUGGACGAAGUUACAUCUUCGGUCGACCAGGAAACGGAACGAGUGAUGCAGGAGAUCAUUGCGACAGAAUUCAAGGAUUACACAGUCGUCGCAGUCAGCCACCGCCUCAGCACGAUCAUGGAAUUUGACAAGGUCGCCGUCAUGGACCACGGCAAGAUCGUCGAGGUGGGCAACCCCCUGGCACUGGUCAAGACUGACAAUACAAGGUUCGGCAGCCUGUGGAAAGCUGGAGGAGGCUAG